AGGUUAUAACUGUAGUUACUGUGCUCGUAGUUAUAUGAUCGGAGUAGCAAUUAACGCAGUAGAUCCACGGCAAGUUUUAGAGAGAGAGAGAGAAGAUGUCUCACAGUCACGGGAACGCUUCGUCGGCGAACGAUCCACGGCAGCCUUCGGCGGCGAAGCCUUACACUCCGCGACCUAUUGCCCCGGAGGAUCUCCCCGUUGACUACUCCGGAUUCAUCGCCGUUAUCCUCGGCGUCUCUGGCGUUAUGUUCAGAUACAAGAUCUGCUCGUGGCUUGCGCUUAUAUUCUGUGCUCAGUCGCUGGCCAAUAUGAGGAACUUGGAGACUGAUUUGAAGCAGAUCUCCAUGGCUAUGAUGUUUGCUAUAAUGGGAUUGGUCACAAACUACUUGGGGCCUAAUAGACCCGCCGCGACCAAGAAAUAAUUCGUGAACUAGUCUUGCUUUCUUUAUAUUAUAGCAUCUUUUGUCAAACCUUGUUUUGGUUCUUGUUUCCGCAUCCUUAAUAUUCGAAGGUUCUCAUUUCAGACACACAGAAAUUGAAUUCCAACUUUUAUGUUUUAUAGCCACUAUUUAUGAUAUGAAAAGUUGAAUGAUGA